AAGAAACGACGGAUUUUAGAGUCAAGCUCUUCAGAUGGUGACUCGUUGUGCCUGGCAUCAGAACUGAAGCGCGAGAGAGCAGAAAAAAACGCCUACAAAGAAAAAGCCUUGAAGCUUGAGAAAGAAAAUGAUUUUCUAAUGCAAGAGAUGGCCUCGCUGCAGCGCUGCUUAGAAGCAAAAAUAUUUAAUUUGGAAUGCUGCAGCAAGGAUGAAGUUGCUAUAGACAGCAUGGUGCAGGGAGGCAGAAUGGAUAUGUUGCUUAACGACGAUGAAGAUGCUUCACUGUCCACUGCACUUCCACCUUUGCUACUUUUGGCAUCAGUCAUGGACAGCAAGUCUGCUCCUUGCAUCAAACUUCCUGCUGCUACUGCUGCUGCUGAUGCAAGCCAGCCGCCCUGUGUUGAGACCAGUAAAAAGUCUGCUCCUUGCUUGGAACAGGAAUUUUCGCACAGGGCUGAUGGAUCUUUUCACCUCACAAAAGGGGUGAUCAUAACUGCAGCCCAAGCCGAAAAGAUUCUUAGAAACAAAAAGGCAACGCUGGUCGUCAAAGACACAGCACAAGCAAUUUGGACAGCUGGUGUUCUUGUAACACGAAGUGUAAGCGGCAAUGUAGCUCCAAAAUUGAGAGUUCUUGGCGAAGCACGGAAGCAGCCCCUGACUCCAGAAAAAGUGGACGUCAUUGCAGCUACACUACAGCAUUGGGGGCAAAGAAGCCAGGUGGAGGUGACUGAGGCAGUACGUGCCAUACCUAGGCUUCUCACUGAAAAGAUUCAGGACUGCAGAAAAUCUUUGAAAAAGCAGGUGGCUACGUCAAAUGACACUUUGUAGACUGCAUCAAAUAAACAUUUGAUGAUGAUCCAAACUUGUAUUUCUUGCACUGGAGCUGCAAAAAUGGCCCCAUAGGGUCACACUUUUACUGAGCCCAGCUGCAGACCACUAGCAGAUGGUUCCUAUAUACUGGGACCGACCAUUCCCUACUGCGGCCAACAGGCAACUGGUCCCAACUGGGACCCACUGGCAACUGGUCCCAACUGGGACCCACUGGCAACUGGUCCCAACUAGGACCAACUGGCAACUGGUCCCCACUGGGAAUUCUGCCAUAAGCCACUUUAACUGGUCCCAGUUGUCUCCAGUUGGAAUAUUUUCA